GUGAGCUGUUUGAUCGAUCAAACAAUUUAAAUAACAAAGUAGGCAGAUAUAUUUUAUUUAAAUAAAAUUCAGAGAACUAUUAUAACAAAAAUUCACAGAGAUCAAUAUGUCAUAUGAAAGUUGGUUAAAUUAUCUGCGGUGCGCAGAGAAGCAUUCAAUGAUAAGUGGUCGUUGCCGUAAAAUCCACUACAAAUUUCCUGAUGGACAGCAGAUGGCUGAGGAAUAUAGCAUGGACACUGGUAUUGUGCAGCGAAGAGCCUGGCGUAAGUGUAAGCAACUUAUGGGCGAACCAGAAUGGGAAAUCGAACUAGGGGAAACAUCACGUCAAAUUAACCAAUGCUUAGGUGGUGGAGAUGCUGACUCUUCUAUUAACAACGAUUUCACACUAGUGGAAAGUAAUACAGCGCCAGCACUAACUAAACGUAUCACAAAGAAAAACAUUGAAUGGCGUAUUCGAAAUUUACCCUAUCCCGUGGAUGUAUAUCAAGUCACUGCAGAGCCUGAUAAACGUGCCAUCGUUGUUCGCACCACCAAUAAAAAGUAUUACAAAGUAAUCACUGUGCCUGAAUUGGAUCGUUGCAAUUUAUUGCCCUCCCAGAGUAAUAUAAGCAUACACCAUCAGUACAAUACUUUGAUUAUAACAUACAGUAAACCACUGUUGUUAAAUGAAAUGGAAGCACAAGUGUUGCUACUUCUGAAAGAUGUUGAAACAGAAACUGAUAUGGAGGUUUUACUACAAGGUUUAUUAGCGAAAUAAAAAUAUAUGACGAUAUACAUUUUUCUAAUACUUUUAAUGAAAUAAACUAAAAUAUAUUGUACGUUUAGAAUACUUUGAAAUAUAUGAUGUAUUUUUCUUAAUAUA